AUGUUUCACGUCUGGCAAUUGUGUCGCCUGGCAAUUGUGGUAACAGCGUUGUCGCCCAAAAACGGGCGAACAGCGUUCAGCGUUUUCGGGAACCCAGCUACUCGCCAUCCAAUUGUAAUCUUCUUCCCAACCAACCUUCCUACCUUUGAAACCUGUGGACCCUGGAUUUAUCUCUUCCGCGUUUUACGUGAGCUCGUUUCUAUCUACUUAAUUAGCGCUGUGGUUACGAUGGAUGGGUCAGCGCCGCAGAGCUCUCGAACCUCGUUUUCGCAAAGUAACAUCGAACGCUGCUCGUUAGAGUCACAUCGGGAAAUUGAGGCGCUCCGAUGCGUGCUCCCGUGGCUGCCGCAGCGCGACCUGUGCGCCGCGGCGUGCGCGUGCAGGGAUCUAAGAACCGCCGCGUAUCAACCUGCGUUGUGGAAGUGUCUCUCCCUGCAAGGCGCCACUAACGCCAGUGCCAGGCUCGCUCAGGCGCUUCCGCAGCCCCGCUUCUCCCACCUGGAGCAUCUCAAUCUCGAGUUCGCCCAGCCAAUCACGGACGCGGAUCUGCUGCUGCUGCAGGGGAAGCCCCUCGUGUCGCUCAAUCUCAACGCCUGUCAGCAAGUCACUGACCAAGGGGUCACUGCCGCUGCCAAGCUGCUCCCCAACCUCCGCUCAUUCUCGCUCUACUGGAACCUCAAAGUGACGGAUUCAGGGGUCAAGCAAGUGGUGCUGCGUUGCUCCUCGUUACAGUCACUUAACCUUAGCGGAUGCAAGGUAACCCACACUCGUGACAGGUGGGCCUCCGCAGCCCACCUGUCUGCGUUCGACAACCUUAGCGGAUGCAAGAACAUCACCGACACAUCGCUUCGCUUCAUUGCCAACUCGCUUCCCCGCCUCAAGUCUCUCAACCUCACUCGGUGCGUGCAGAGCCGAGUCGAAUCAACGAUUGGAAAAAGCUUAGGACCAUGUUCAGUUGGUUUUUGA